GGUCCCGCCCGUCCUUCAUAUAAAGCGGCCGCGCUGCCGCCGCCUCGGUGCCGGCUCCGUGCGGGACCCGGCGGCUCCGUGCCUGGUCUGUGCCGCUCUGUGCCGCUCGGUGCCGCUCCAUGCGGGAGCUGCCCGCUCCGGGAUGAGCCCCUGGCAGCAGCGGGCGCCCAACGGCAGCGCGGCCGGGCCGGGCCCGCGGGGGAACGGCACGGGCCGGGCGGCGGAGCGCGGCAGCGCCGUGUCCGUGGCCAUCCCGCUGACCAUGAUGCUGACGGGCGUGGCGGGCAACGCCCUGGCCAUGCUGCUCGUGUCCCGCAGCUACCGCGCCAAGGGCAGCCGCAGGAAGCGCUCCUUCCUGCUGUGCAUCGGCUCCCUGGCGCUCACCGACAUGCUGGGCCAGCUGCUCACCAGCCCCGUCGUCAUCUCCGUGUACCUGUCGGGCCGGCCCUGGGCGGCCAUGGACCCCUCGGGCCGCCUCUGCGACUUCUUCGGCUUCAGCAUGACGCUGUUCGGGCUGUGCCCGCUGCUGAUCGCCAGCGCCAUGGCGGUGGAGCGGGCUCUGGCCAUCCGCGCCCCGCACUGGUACGCGAGCCACAUCAGCCCGCGGGCCACCGAGCGCGGCCUGGCGGCCAUCUGGGCGGCCGCCGCGGCCUUCGCGCUGCUGCCGCUGGCGGGGCUGGGCCGCUACGCGCUGCAGUGGCCCGGCACCUGGUGCUUCAUCAGCGCGGCCGGCGGCAGCGCCUUCGCCGCCGCCUUCGCCGCGCUGGGGCUGCUGUCCCUGGCGGUCACCGCCGCCGGCAACCUGGCCACCAUCGGGGCGCUGCUGGCCCGCUGCCGCGCCGGGCCCGGCUCCCGCUGGGGCCGCAUCGCCACCGAGACGCUGCUGCAGCUGCUGGGCAUCAUGUGCGUGCUGGCCGCCUGCUGGGCCCCGCUGCUGGUGACCAUGCUGAGGAUGGCGUGGGAGCCGGCGGGCGGGCGCUGCCGGGGCGGGCAGGGCUGGGCGCCGCGCAGGGAGUGCACCCUGCCGCUGACGGCCGUGCGCCUGGCCUCGCUCAACCAGAUCCUGGACCCCUGGGUGUACCUGCUGCUGCGCCGCAUGCUGCUGCACCAGUGCCGCCAGGCCGCCGGCGCCGUGUCCCGCUGCCCCAGCGCCGACUGCGGCCACAGGGACCGCGCCCUCAGCCUGGCCCAGGAGAUCCGCCACACCGGCACCGCGGUCUGAGGGGACAGCACCGCCAUGGCCUGGGGGACAUCAUUGCGGUCUGAGGGGACAGCUGCCAUGGCCUGGGGGGACAUCACUGCGGCCUGAGGGGACAGCCACCAUGGCCUGGGGGACAGCCGCCAUGGGCUGGGGGGACAGCCGCCAUGGGCUGAGGGGACAUCCAACAUGGCCUGAGGGGAUAUCCACCAUGGCCUGAGGGGACAUCACUGCGGCCUGAGGCGAUAUCCACCAUGGCCUGAGGGGACAUCACCGCCGCCUGAGGGGAUAUCCGCCAUGGCCUGAGGGGACAUCUACCAUGGCCUGAGGGGACAUCCACCAUGGCCUCUGAAGGGACAGCCGCCAUGGCCUCUGAGGGGAUAUCCACCAUGGCCUGAGGGGACAGCCGCCAUGGCCUGAGGGGACAGCUACCAUGGCCUGAGGGGACAGCACCGCCAUGGCCUGGGGGAUCAUCACUGCGGCCUGAGGGGACAGCACCGCCAUGGCCUGGGGGGACAGCCGCCAUGGCCUGAGGGGACAUCACUGCCGCCUGAGGGGAGAGCCGCCAUGGCCUGAAGGGACAUCCACCAUGGCCUGAGGGGACAUCCGCAAUGGCCUCUGAGGGGACAGCCACCAUGGCCUGAGGGGACAGCCGCCAUGGCCUGAGGGGACAGCCGCCAUGGCCUGGGGGAACAUCCACCACGGCCUGAGGGGACAGCCACCAUGGCCUCUGAGGGGACAGCUGCCAUGGCCUGAGGGGACAGCCGCCAUGGCCUGAGGGGACAGCACCGCCAUGGCCUGAGGGGACAGCCGCCAUGGCCUCUGAGGGGAUAUCCACCAUGGCCUCUGAGGGGAUAUCCACCAUGGUCCUUGAGGGGAUAUCCACCAUGGCCUGAGGGGACAGCCACCAUGGCCUGAGGGGACAUCCACCAUGGUCCUUGAGGGGAUAUCCACCAUGGCCUGAGGGGACAGCCGCCAUGGCCUGAGGGGACAUCCACCAUGGCAUGAGGGGACAGCCGCCAUGGCCUGAGGGGACAUCCACCAUGGCCUGAGGGGACAUCCAUCAUGGCCUGAGGGGACAGCCGCAAUGGCCUCUGAGGGGACAGCCACCAUGGCCUGAGGGGACAUCCCACAGCUCCAGGAGCUGUGGGCAACUGGAAACCCUGCUGGGAAUCUGCUCCAUGAUGGCAACCCCUCAUGGUGUCACUGCUUGGACCCAGAGCGCCAAAUUCUCCCUGCAGGGUGCCAGAAGCGCAGGACAGGACACUCCAUGGUCACGGUGGCUGAGCUGGGAUGAGGGCACUCCAUGGUCCCUGCAGAACGAGACAAGGACAUUCCACAGUCACUGCAAACAGCAUGAGGACAUUCCACGGUCACUGCAAACAGCAUGAGGACAUUCCACGGUCACUGCCACUGGUGGCUGAGCUGCAGAACGAGAUAAGAACAUUCCAUGGUCACUGCCACUCAUGGCUGAGCUGCAGAAGGGAUUAGGACAUUCCACGGUCACUGCCACUGAGGCUAGGCUGCAGAACGGGAUGAGGAGAUUCAUGGUCGCUGCAGAACGGGUUGAGGACGUCCCAAGGUCACUGCCACUCAUGGCUGAGAUGAACAGUAGGAGGUCUUGUGAGCCUAAAGUAGAGCCUGAGGGGGUCUCUCUUGCUUUAAGGUGGAAAAAAUUACUUUACGCAGAUUCUAGAGAUGGAAUUACUGAAGGGACUCACUCCUAAGAAUGUUUAAUACUAACUUGGUCUCCUUCAGAGAGUCCUUCCUUUUUUCUGGAAGGGCAAGGGGAGAUAGGGAGAGAAACCACAGGAAUAAGGGAGAAAAAAAAGAAAUUUGAUUGGAUUUCAGUGUCUUAAAACUGAGCAGGGGUUGUAGCAAUGAUGGAACACCCAUCCCCUCCAAGAACUGAGGCAGCACGAGUGUCCUGAGCCACGGGUGUGUCCUGAUAAACACUCGUCCAGGUGGCAGCUGGAGGGAGCUUGAGGAGGAUGAGCAGUUCCAAUCCAUUUGUGCCACAUCUGAGGCUUAUUUUUUAAAAAGCUGUGUCUUAACACAUUUUCUUCACCCUUUUGGAGCGGACAGCCUCUCGUGUCUCCUGUUUUGUGGCCUUCGGGGUGAAGUUAAAUACAAAUACAGUGAAAUAUACUUGAUAUUCCAUGUGCCAGGUACUGUGGAAUUCAGGGGUCUUACAGGCAAAUGAAGUCCUGCAUCUGUGAGGAAUUUCUUGCACAAAACCUUUACUUUUACGCUAUUUAAUUUGUUUAUGAAAGUAACUCCUCAGCAAAGAAUCUGUGCCUUCACUUUUGUUCUGCAUUGUCUGAUUCUUGUCCACGUAAAUCUGUUUUUAUCCGGGUGAUGUCUGAGUCCAGUCUAAAAGCCAAGGUCUAGCUUUAAUUGAAGACCCAGCCUAAAACCAAUGGAUUAAAUGUCUUUUUUAGUU